CAUACUCUCUUUUCAGGUUCGAAAUGUUUAAACGUGGAUUAGAGAUUCUCCCUGAAGCUGUAGUCAUAUUGUCCGAGAUAAGAGUAAAGAUUGUUUAAUCUCCCAGCAGACGCCCAACGUACGGCGAUGGUACCAGCUUUAGUACAUUAAUGAACGAGUAUGCGACACCAUAAACGUGUGAGCAAUACGCGAUCGGCUGUGCAACGUUUUAGUGCAGAUAAUAAUUGUAUAGCAUAGUUUCGUAUUCGCACUAUUGGUUGUGUUGUAAUCUGAUGUGGAAUUAAUUGCUAUACUAAAAAACUGUGCUGUAUUUUAAAACGAUUUAACGAUAUGAACAGCAGCAAUGAACAAAGAGAUAGCAAAUGUAUGUUUAGUUUAUUUGCAUACAUAAUGUGAGUGUUUGUCAGUGAAAAAGAUCCACUUCAAGACCACUGAUUAAACAGCGUUCAGCGUGAUAAAGUGAUAAGUGACAGUGUUUAAAAGCGGUUGCGUGUAUAAGCUACAGUGUGUGUUUUUGGCCUUACAUCAAAAUGAAUCCGGCAGAGUAUGACAAGGACACAAAAAUACACGAUCUCCGUCGGGAAAUCAACCCGGUCACCGAAGCGAGCUCAGUUUCAUGGUACACUUUCUGGUGGCUCAAACCCCUGUUUGAAACAGGUCUGAAGCGCCCGAUCGAUGAGACCGAUAUCUAUGAGACGCUUUCCACUCAUCAAAGCUCACAGUUGUCGUAUCAGUUUGAAAGCUACUGGAAAGCGGAACAGAAAAGCAGCAAACAACCGAGCUUUCUUCGAGUCAUAUGUCGAAUAUACUGGCGCUCGAUACUUGGCUACGGUGCGAUGUACACUAUCGUAGACCUACUGGCUAGAAUCUUUCAACCGCAGUGUCUUGGUGGAUUGGUAGCAUACUUUGCGCCUGGCCAGCAGGAUAUUAGUAAAGAGGAAGCGUAUUGCUAUGCUGUGGGCAUUAUUUUGUGCUCCCUAGUACCCGUAGCUAUCUUCCAUCAUUUUAUCCUGUACAUAUUUCAAAUUGGAAUGAAGAUUCGGGUCGCAUGCUGUUCGCUGCUGUACAAAAAGGCUUUGCGCAUCACAAAAGCAGCUGGAACGGAUGGUAUGACUGGACAGGUUGUUAAUUUGAUGUCCAAUGAUGUGGCCAAAUUCGACACGGCGACUGGCUUUGUGCACGAUAUCUGGAAAGGUUUAAUUGAGUUGGUAGUGCUAGGUUUUUUCAUUUACAAACAGAUUGGCGUAUCGGGCCUGUUCGGGAUUGCGUUUUUACUUAGUUUCAUUCCCCUGCAAGCAUGGCUUGGCAAGAAAGCGGCCAUUUAUCGCCUGAAGACGGCCAACAGAACCGACCGCAGAAUACAGUUUAUGAACGAAAUCAUACAGGGAAUUCAAGUGAUUAAGAUGUACGCCUGGGAGGACAGUUUCAGCCGAAUGGUGGACCGCAUCCGUCGGAAGGAGGUGAACGGGAUACGGGGAACUCUAUUCAUACGUGCUGGACUGCUAUCGUUUAAUCUUGUUUCACGAGUCGCCAUCUUUCUAAGCUUAGUCGCGUACGUCCUGUACGGAAACGUAUUCACCGCAAAGAAGGUGUUCAUCGUGACCUCCUACUUUAACUGGCUAUACAGUUCGAUGCUACAUUUUUGGCCGCUGGCACUCACAUCCGUUCACGAAGGGCUUGUAUCGAUAAGGCGUAUACAGGACUUUCUACUGCUGGAGGAGCGAAAGUAUGCACCGGACCGUACCAGCGUCUUAGAUGGCCAAGGAAGCAGUACUGUUCAUGAGACGCCGAUGGACGAGAGUGCUCGCGGGCUGCUGAAUACUUCAAAUGGCUAUGAGGUAAACAAGGUGGUAACCGCAGCACCGGAAGGAUACGCUGGCAGUAUUCGCAAAAUGGCACCUAAAAGCAAGCGCGUCAUUAACAGAAAAGCUGUGGCACGGCAAGGGAUUUUUAUGCGUAACGCUACAGCAUUUUGGGAUAAGGAUUUGCUAGCUUCCGCCGAGGAUAUUACAGUACGAGCAGGCGGAAUAAAAAACGUAACGCUAACAGUAGACAAAACAGAACCGUGCGCAAUCGUGGGCUCCGUUGGCAGUGGCAAAUCGACUAUGCUCCAGCUUAUUCUCGGUGAGCUGGAAUUAGACGAAGGCCGGUUGGAAAUCAAUGGCAAUCUCAGCUAUGCGUCACAGGAGCCUUGGCUGUUUGAGGGAACGGUCAAAAACAACAUCGUCUUUACCGAGGACUACCAGGAAAAACGCUACCGAGAGGUGAUAUCGGUGUGUGCUUUAGAACGCGAUUUCCAACUUCUUCCGAACGGGGACCAAACCAUCGUGGGCGAGCGCGGAAUUAGUUUGAGUGGUGGGCAACGCGCUCGUAUCAGCUUAGCAAGAGCUAUCUAUCGGCGUGCGGACAUCUAUCUACUCGAUGAUCCGCUGUCCGCCGUCGACACGCAUGUUGGAAAGCACAUUUUCGAGCAGUGUAUUAUGAAAUUUUUGAAGGAAAAAGUUUGCGUGUUAGUAACGCACCAGCUCCAAUACUUAAAGGACAUGAAGCAUGUCGUGCUAAUGAACUCGGGAGAGGUAGAGGCGCAGGGACCAUUCCACACGCUGGCUGAAUCGGGCCAUUUUACCACGCUGCAGCAACCGCACCACGAGGGCGAUAGACAGAGACAGAAGGAAAAUAACGCAUCGUCGACUGAUGCUCCUUCUGCAGUGCCGUCGGCGGAUGGAAAGCACAUUGCCGAUUUCACGCAAUUUCGCAGCACUCUGGACACGGAUAGCAGCCAGACACAAAAAGUCGAUAGUGUCGCGAACAAUGGGAUUGAAUACGAUUCCAUCGUCAACAUUGAUAUCAACAGUAAAACUGAGACGCAUAAAAUGACGGAACGCAGGCUCUCGAUUCUUCCCACACCAGCCCAACAUCAACUGGCGCAUCAACAGCAUCAGUCACUUUACCAGCCGUCGCCAUUUUCGUCCAGUAGCAUGGUCUUCGAUGGGUACGAUGACAGCGAUGAAAAUGGUGGAGCAAAAAAAAGAACAAACCCUUCUCAGAAUGGUACUUCUAAGGGCGAUCCAAAUCACCUUCAUAAAGAAUCACAACUGACCGGGCGUAUCGGGUGGCGAGUGUACAAGAGCUUCUUAGCUGCGGUGGAAAGCAACUUGCUGCUGCUAAUGGCUGCUGUUCUGUUCUUGUUGGCGCAGGCUAGCAUGAGUGGUAUCGAUUACUACAUCUCUCAGUGGGUAAACUGGGAAGAAUGCUCAAGCGCUCUUGAGAGACUGAGUACCAAUAUAACAGAAAUAGGAACGAACGGAUCGGACGGUACCAGCAGCAGUAACAGCAGCAGCAACAGUGAAGCUUUACUGUCGAUUCCGCCGAAACUGGAAGGAAGCAUCUUCACGCAACUUUCCCGCGACGAGUACAUCCUAAUGUAUGCCGUAGCGAUGCUGUUUAUGUUUGCACUAUCCUUGAGUCGAUCCUUUCUGUUUUUCUACAUCUGUCUGCGUGCCACAGUUCGAUUGCAUGAUCGCCUGUUUCGCGGUAUCACACGCGCCACAAUGUACUUCUUCAACACCAAUCCGUCUGGACGCAUACUGAACAGAUUUUCGCGGGACAUUGGCUGCAUCGAUACCUUCCUUCCCUUCGCCAUGAUGGACUGCAUUUUGUUUUUUGUGGAGUUUUCCGCAAUCAUAGUGCUGGUGGCAGUGGUGAACUACUGGCUUUUGUUUCCAACACUGGUGAUGGCCAUUAUUUUCUACUUUUUGCGUCAUGUAUACACGAACACAGCGCGUAGCAUCAAACGCGUCGAAGCGUCCACGAGGAGCCCCAUUUUCUCCCAUGCAAAUGCAUCUUUUCAAGGACUUAGCACCAUCCGUGCCUUUGGUGUGGAAAAAAUACUGGCAGAUGAGUUUGAUAAACAUCAAGACCUAAACACGUCGGCAUGGUACCUUUUUCUGGCAACAACGCGCGCAUUCGCCCAAUGGUUGGAAAUGGUGUGUGUGUUGUAUAUUGCAGUGGUAACCCUUAGCUUCCUGAUGGUGGAGGAUUCAAUGAGCGGUGAUGUAGGCUUGGCCAUCACGCAAGUGUUCAAUCUAAUCUUCAUGUGCCAGUGGGGCAUGCGACAAACGGCCGAGUUGGAAAAUCAAAUGACAUCCGUCGAACGUGUCGUAGAGUACGCCGAGGUCGACCCAGAGCCAUCACUGGUGUCAAUCGGUAAACACAAACCACCAGCCGACUGGCCGACCAAGGGUGCCAUACGAUUCGAGCAUUUUUCGUUACGUUACUCGGCCCAAUCAAAUUCGGUUCUGCGAGACCUCAAUAUGUCAAUAAACGCGGGCGAAAAGAUAGGCAUCGUCGGAAGGACGGGCGCAGGGAAAUCGUCCAUCAUCCAGGCCCUGUUUCGAUUGGCGGUUAACGAAGGAAUAAUACGCAUCGACGGCGUGGACAUUGGCACACUUGGAUUGCACGAUCUGCGCAAGCGGAUUUCAAUUAUUCCACAAGAUCCGAUUCUGUUUUCCGGAACGUUGCGGGCGAAUUUGGACCCCUUCAAGCAGCACGGCGAUGAUGCACUUUGGAAUGCGCUACAAUACGUGGAACUCAAGGAGGUCGUUUCAGCGAUGGAAGGAAAAUUGGACGGUAAAAUGGCGGACGGUGGUACCAAUUUUAGCAUGGGACAACGGCAACUCGUGUGCUUAGCGCGAGCUAUUCUUCGCAACAAUCCCAUCCUGAUUCUGGAUGAAGCCACUGCCAAUGUCGAUCCUGAAACUGAUAAUCUCAUUCAAAAAACCAUUCGAGAGCAGUUUGAACGAUGUACUGUUUUAACAAUAGCGCAUCGCUUACACACUGUCAUGGAUAGUGAUCGGGUGUUGGUAAUGGACGCAGGUAAAGUCAUCGAGUUGGCGCAUCCUUACGAACUGCUGCAACGAACGGACGGUGCUCUUAAGCGGUUAGUUGACGGAAUGGAGGAAUCUACAGCGCAACAGCUCACUGGUAUAGCUUAUCAAGCUUACAGAAAACGAUUGACGCAACAGAGCAGCACUCCGAAUGGUUCCAACCGUGCGAAUAUGCUCCACUGUUUCACCACGGCACGACUCGCCGAUAAUCAACCGGCUAUCCUGAUAGUAGCGAUACGCGUUAUACCACUGAUAAUAGAUCUUCGCCCAAUGGAAACCUCUGCAAAGUUAGACAAUACGAGCGACCAACAUUCGACGGCAAAGUUACAUCCAUACGCCAGUGCCAAUGCAGUUUCGCGUUAUUUUUUCUGGUGGCUGCUUGAUGUACUUCGACUUGGCGUGCGAAGACAAAUCGUACCGAAUGAUAUUUAUGACACCCUAUCCACCCAUAAGAGCGCACAGAUCGGUGCAUCAUUCGAGGAGCAAUGGCGACGCGAAAUAUCUCACGACCGUGCCUCGUUCCGCCAUGGAUCGAUCAAUGAUGGCGAAAGCAAAACACAAGACGACACGAACAAUAUGCCACCGGCAUCGCAGCAACGCAAACUGCCGGCGCCAUGGAGGCUUCUGCGGACCAUACGACGCAUUUACGGGACCGGUGUGCUGGUGUUUGGAUUUGUUUACAGCGCUAUCGAAUCCGCGUGCAGGAUAGGUCAACCGUUUCUUCUUGGUCAGCUGAUUUUAUAUUUUGAUUCACAACGAAAUGCAGCGUCGACAGAUGAGCCAGCCACACUUGGAGCGGCCUAUGGGUAUGCGGUCGGUAUUGUUUUGACGGUGCUGGCCCCGCUAGCCAUAUUUCAUUGUUAUCAACUGUAUCUGCUGCAAGUGGGAAUGAAAAUUCGGAUCGGCUGUUGCGCAAUGAUUUACCGUAAGAUACUUUGCAUGAAUAACGCCGCGGACGGUUUGUCCGGAACGGUCAUCAAUUUGAUGGCAAACGAUGUGAGCCGCUUUGAUUAUGCAGUAAUAUUUUUCCACGACCUCUGGAAAGGCCCAGUAGAGUUGGUGAUCGUCGCUGUAUUAGUUUACCGAGAAAUCGGCCCCGCUGGACUGAUUGGGAUAGGGUUUUUAUUGCUGUUUAUACCGAUCCAAGCGUGGCUAGGCAAACAAUCGGCUAGAUUCCGAAUGAAAGCGGCUUUAGCGACGGAUGAGCGAGUGCGCUUGACGAACGAAAUAGUUCACGGUAUUCAGGUGAUUAAAAUGUACGUUUGGGAAAAACCUUUUGAGCAAAUGGCACGGAAGCUGCGAACCAAAGAGAUAAAAGCAUUGCGCGGCAGUGCGAUUAUAAAGUCCGCACUCUUUGCGCUUCGAAUUGUACCAAAAGUGUCCAUCUUUCUGACACUAGUGGCCUACGUUUACUUUGGCAAUGCUCUAACAGCUCAACGGGUGUAUAUGCUGAUUUCGUUCUUCAGCGUAAUCCAUCACUCCAUGGUCGAAUUUUGGCCACUAGCCGUUACGUCCGCAGCAGAAGGAUGGAUCUCGUUAAAACGCAUACAACAGUUUCUUCUUGAAGAGAAUGGACGCGACCAUGGAAAGCAAGCAGAAUCUCGUUGCCCACAUGUAGAUGUUCCACCGUAUGUAGAGUUCAAAAAUGUUCAUACUACGUGGCCAAAUUCCAAUUUCUCACUUCAGGACGCAUCGUUCAGAAUAGAGGCAACAGCUCAUCGUACGGCAGCAAUUAUUGGUCCGAUUGGUGCUGGUAAAUCGACAUUGCUGAAUCUCGUGAUCGGGGAACAAUCGGCAACUCACGGAACAAUUACAGUGAACGGUACAGUUAGUUACUGCUCCCAAAAACCUUGGCUGUUCGAGGGAACGGUUCAGCAGAAUGUGAUCUUCGUCGACACGUACGAUGAAACACGUUAUCGAACAGUUGUAAAGAUAUGCGCUUUGGAACACGAUAUCAAAACUUGGCCCCAUGGGGACCAAACGAUGGUCGGUGAACGCGGGUACAGUUUAAGUGGUGGACAAAAAGCACGGAUCAACUUGGCGCGUGCCUUGUACCGUAAGGCAGAUAUCUACCUAUUAGAUGAUCCUCUUGCUGCGGUUGAUGCGCAUAUAGCGAACGUUAUAUUCGAGCAGGCGAUAAGGGACUUUCUUCAAGACAAACUGUGCAUGUUAGUAACCCAUCAGCUCAAGUACAUCCAUCAAGUGGAGCACAUCAUUUUUCUGGAAGAUGGCAAAAUUACUAGUCAAGGACACUACAGCAAGGAGUUAUCAGAAUGGUGCACAUCACAUCAGCUUUCAAAAGAUCAAAAAGCACCCAUGGACAAAAUAUUAGAGUGUGUAGAAAAAGACGAACCACAAAUGAGGCGUACCGACACCCAGGAGCAGACAUUGCCAGCAGAGCGGAAUGUAAAGGAAGGGCAAGAAGAUGGCACCGUCGAGUUUAAAGUCUACAUAGACUUUUUGAAGUCGGUUAACAGCAUACCUAUCGUAGCGUUUACAGCUUUGCUAAUGAUUGGCUACCAAGCAGCUUCAUCGGGGACGGAUUAUUUCGUGUUUAUAUGGGUGGACUGGGAGGAAACGUUCAGUAACACGGUGCAUGCACUGUGGACGACGGACGACCAUGUUUGGUUCUACACUGGAGCGAUUGCUAUCACCAUCAUGUUAACUACCAAUUCAUUUGCCUUCUUAGAAAUGUGUCUUAAGGCUUCCCUACACUUACAUGCCGCACUUUAUCGAGGAGUAACAGAGACCGCCAUGGCUUUCUUCUAUCAAAAUCCAUCGGGCAGAAUAAUGAAUCGCUUCUCGAAGGAUAUCGGGUUAAUCGAUACGAGCCUACCCACCGUAAUGAUCGAUAGUCUAUACUUUUUCCUUGAGCUUUCUGGUAUUAUAGUGAUAGUGGCGUUGGCUAAUUACUGGCUGCUUAUACCUACAGCAAUCAUGGGAGUUGUAUUUUAUCUGUUGAGGGGCGUUUUCCUACGAGCGGCAAGAAAUGUGAAACGAGUUGAGGCUAUCACCCGCAGUCCAGUAUUUACGCAUACAAAUGCAACGAUCGAUGGCUUGACGACGAUACGCGCAUUCGGAGCAGAACGCUUUCUGGAAGAAACGUUUCACCAGUACCAGGACGUUAACACAUCAGCGGCGUUCCUGUUUGGGGCAACGACUCGUGGCUUCGCUUUCUGGCUUGAUGUCAUUUGUCUGCUUUAUAUAGCGUCCGUGGUAAUGAGCUUUCUGGUUAUCGGAGACGGCAUUAUAAGCGGCAAUGUCGGACUGGCCAUAACGCAAGUUCUCAACCUGAUUGGAAUGUGCAACUGGGGCAUUCGACAAACGGCGGAGCUUGAAAACCAAAUGACAUCCGUGGAACGGGUAUUUGAAUACGCCCAGCUCGGACCUGAACCGGACUUGGUGCCGGGUGUCCAAACAAUUGUACGCAACGAAGCGUGGCCCGAAAACGCCAGCAUAACUUUCCGCGAAGUUUAUCUACGCUACUCACCCACUGCCGAGCCCGUACUGAAGCGACUUAGUUUCACGAUAAAAGCCAAGGAGCAUGUUGGAAUUGUCGGACGAACCGGCGCUGGCAAGUCGUCAAUAAUUCAGGCACUCUUUCGCCUAACACCCUUGCACGCCGGCGAUGGUAGCAUCGAGAUUGACGGAAUCAAUAUCGGAUCGGUGCCGCUGCGGCAGUCUCGUGGCCUCAUCUCGAUAAUUCCCCAGGAUCCGGUCAUAUUCUCUGGCAGUUUGCGAAGCAAUUUGGAUCCGGAAGAGCGGUUGCCAGAUGAAGAGCUGUGGAAAGCGCUCGACCAGGUCGAGUUGAAAACCACUAUCAGUACUUUUGCCGGCGGCUUGAACACGAAAAUGAUGGAAGGAGGCACAAAUUUGAGCGCUGGCCAACGGCAACUGAUUUGUUUGGCGAGGGCAAUCUUGAAAGGCAGUAAAAUAUUAAUUCUCGACGAAGCCACUGCCAAUGUUGAUCCCAGAACCGAUGCACUUCUUCAGAAUACAAUAAGAACGCAGUUCACCGAUUGUACAGUUAUAACUAUUGCGCAUCGUUUGAACACCAUUUUGGAUUAUGAUCGAGUGCUGGUUAUGGAUGCUGGGCAGAUGGUAGAGUUUGACAGCCCACAUAAGCUGAUGCAAUCUGCAGACGGUUUCUUCCGUAGGUUAGUUGAAGAACACGGUGAACAAGAAACAAGAAACAGCAACAACAAUAAACAACGGUAUGACAUUGACUAAUGGCUGCCUUAAGCAGUAUACUUUCAAUGCGAAAUGAUUUAUCUAACGGGUAAGUAGUGAUUAGACAUUUGCUGCAAAGACUUACUUGCUGAACAAGCGGAGAACUACACAAAUGAUGAUGAACAUGACUGCCAUUGCGACUAGGACACCAAUCAUUGCGGGAUCGAUGUACUUCUCCGGUUCGAUCGGUUUAUUGAUCGGAGCUACAAAUGUCCAAAAUAAAAGCG